AAUAACCCUGGCAGUCUGAAAAGAAACUGUGGAUGAACUUGACAUUUUCUGAGUCAUUCGAAAGGAUCGACAAGGCCUGAAGGCGAGCAGGGAUCAGCGAAGAGAGGAAGCGAUCCGUCGUAAGCGCUGGAGGAAUGCUGACAGCCUAAGGAGCGAAUUGUCAGAAAGGAUGGAAGAACACAGCAUCUUAUAAAAUAUCCAUUGGGCUAAUGUGCUCUGUGUGUCACCAGAAAGCAGCUUCGACCCUCCACAUUACCAUGAUUCAACUACCAAUCUACAUAUCCGGAGUUCUCGUUCAUCUCUACAUCCUCACAAAGCUCUGCCUCCACGCCGCAACCUACCUCUUCCCAUCAUCAAUCCAUGAGUAUCUCUCCACCACUGAAGACCACGAAUCCUGGGCCCUGAUCACCGGUUCCACAGCCGGCAUCGGAUUCGGGUUUGCACAAGAGCUUUGCGCGCACGGAUUCAACGUCAUCAUCCACGGAAAAGACGACCAGGAACUCCAGGAUGCAGCGGCCCAACUCCGCAGCGCCUUUCCCCUGCGGUCUAUCCGCACCUUUCUCUUCGAUGCCUCGACCCCCACAGCCUCGCUCGCUACAUCCCUGACCCCCGUCCUGCAGGACAUCUCACUCCGCGUGCUCGUCAACAACGUCGGUGGCCAAGGCGGCCAGACUAGAUCGACGUACCAGCGUCUAAGGGACUUUUCCAGUGAAGAAGUGACGCGUGUCAUGAACGUCAACGCACACUUUACUACGCAGCUUACCCGCAUUCUUCUUCCAGUGUUAUCGCGUGCGCCGUCCCUCGUGCUGAAUAUCUCGUCUCUCUCCGCUACAGGUCUACCGUACCUUUCUGUCUACGCUGCUUCCAAAGCAUACAUUGACUCUUUCACGCGCGCAUUGCACGCCGAGAUGCGCGCCGAGAACAUGCCCGUGUCCGUCCAAGGCAUCAUCUGUGGGAACGUUCAGAGCGACGGCCAUCCGCUCGCGGAGGGGUGGUUUGUGCCGACGUCGAGGGGCAUGGCGCGCGCGGCGCUGCAGCGUCUGGGACCAGGAUCAAGACACAGCCCCGGUUUCAGACUAGGUUAUCGGCCGGUUCUGGUGGCGGCCUAUUGGCCGCAUGUGCUGCAGGCGUGGGGAUAUGAUAUUCUGCCGGAGGCGGCUCGGGAGUGGAUUUCCAUUCGGGUCUUGAGGGGGUUGAAGGAUGAAUGGGAGAGCGUGGACAGGAGGGUGAGAUGAUGAGGGAUCAGGGAUUGGCGUCAGCUGCCGUAAGCCC